AUGGCUGAGCCCUACCUGUUAUCAUCCCCGUACGUCACUAAACGCUGGGGUCAAAUUAGCGAUGCAUCAGUGAGCCUUUUGGAUAUAGUGCCAACCAUCUUAGAUUGGUUUAGCAUCGAUUAUCCCUCUUACAAAUUAUUUGGAACACAUGAUGUACAGCUGACUGGGAAGUCUGUUCUUCCGGUGUUGAAAGAAGAACCAGUUUCUGGAUGGGACACUGUAUUUGCCAGCCACGAUUUGCAUGAAGUCACAAUGUACUAUCCAAUGAGGGUGAUGCAGAAAAAUAAUCUCAAACUGAUUCACAACUUAUGGUACAAGAUGCCCUAUCCCAUUGCCCUUGAUAUUUUUACCUCGUUUACAUUCAGGGAUAUUUUGAAACGGACCAGGAAUGGUACAGAGACAGGCUGGAUUCAUACCUUGAAACAGUACUAUUACCGAGCGAAGUGGGAGCUGUAUGACCUCAAGUCUGACCCUAAAGAGCUGAAAAACCUAAUAACAAUCCAGCUUAUCAGGCUGAAGUGA